GACAGUGGGAGCCGAAAUCAUUUUCCCUCAUACUGUGAGAACGCUUAGAAUCGCUUCUGUCCAAGUGGACGCGCGUCGGUUUGGUUUCAGAACCCGGUUGAUUCGGCCGUGUCCGCGCAGCGCCGUCCUCCCGUCCUCCCGCUUCUUAGCAAGACCACCGACUUGCAUUUUGUCUGUGGCAAUGGGACCAUAAAGGAACAAAUUCCAUCACAUUGAAAAAAAUAGAAGUAAACAAAUACGACCAGUGAAGACACCUCACAAAAGAAGUGGACAUGGAGACGCGCAAAGGAGAUACGAUAUAACAGAUCGGACAAAACACAUCUAGGAUUUACUUCCCUACUUGAACACUUUUUGUUUCCAAAGGGUUAUAGAAUUUUUCUUCUGCUAGAUUUCUUAGUUACACGCAAGUAUGAACCGAAAAGAGAUGAGGUCGUGUCUGAGAUGCUGGAGCGUGCCGAUGCUCUCUGUGCUUCUGCUUGUCUUCUUGACACCGCUGUUUGCACAUGGUAACUCUGUGGUGGGAAAUGAAACUGAGGUUGAUAGUGCUGUUAAUGUGACCUCCUUAUCUACCGGGGAUAAGGAGGAGAAGAUAGAGGAGGUGUCACAUUUCAACAACUUGUCCAGCUCCUUAGACCUGACUCGCACCAGACAAAAGUUUAGAGAUGAAGAAGCAGGCAGUGGUAUGCUGGAAGAGGCCUUCUCGCCAACUCCUGGAACUCCAACUUCCAGUGAGGGAGGCACAACUACUUUUGCAAGCCUAGAUAACAACCUCGACUCUGCUGAAACCGAACUCUUGCCUGUCAAUACCUCCUUCGUGAAGGAGCAUGUCACCUCCUUCAAGAGGGAAGAGGAACAAGAAGAGGAAGAAGAAGUGAGGCAGCAAAUGCCUACACUACCAUCCUGGCAGGAUGCUAAAGAAGACAUGGAGACCACUGUGUUUGACCUCGACCAUGAGACAUCUCCCACAACCCCAUUCCCUACUCAUUACCCUUCCCCGCCUGACGUCAACGUAGAUUUCUUUGACUCUGGAUCCCACCGCAAGAACCUUGGCCCACUGACUCUUUCCCCGCAUGAGCUUCAGGGCCGUGACCCCACCUCCUGGUCCAUGCCUGAAAACUAUGACUACGUGACACCCUACGAUGACAGUGUGUCUCCCACCACCGAAGAAGACUUCUUCUUUAGCACUACUGAAUCUUAUGAUGAGGACAUCUUCACUGCUCGAUUGCCCUCCAACCCCGUUUUCAGGCUCCCCAAAGGAGCCACUGUGGGCGAAGGCCCUCGUGCUCCCCCCGGUGCGGUCGACUCAGUUAACGGCUCAGAGUGUCGGCAGGGCUUUGUCCGCACCAAUGGCUCCUGCAAGUCCCCAUGUGACCUGCAGCCCAACUACUGCUUUAAUGGGGGGCAGUGCUACGUUAUGGAAGGAACCCAAAUGUUCUGCAGGUGCAACAUCCAGGACUACAUGUGGCACAAGGGUGCCCGGUGCGAGUCGGUCAUCACGGAGUUCCAGGUAAUGUGCAUCGCCAUCGGGGCCUCCGCUCUCAUGGUGCUCCUGCUCUUCAUGAUCAUCGUUUGCUUUGCCAAGAAGCUGCACGUGCUCAAGACCGAGAAUAACAAGUUGCGCAAGCGCAGCAGUAAGUACCGUCCUUCCUCGGAGCACCACAAUGAUAAUUUCUCGUUGUCCACCAUCGCUGAGGGCUCCCAUCCAAAUGUAAGGAAACUUUGCGACACCCCUCCUAACCUCCCUCAUGCCCGUGCUUUGGCUUACUAUGAUAACAUUAUCUGUCAGGAUGAUCCUAAUACCCAGAACAAGCUGGAGGACCCCGUGAAGGCCCCCCCACCCAAAGAGGACGAGUCGCUGAACAUCCAGAACUCGCUCACCCCUAAGCAUGAGAACCAUAAGGUGCUGGGCGAGGAGGACUCUUCGGAGGUAAACUCGCUGCAGAACAACAUGAUGUAGAACAGAAACAAAAGCACCCCACGCAACCACGUCCACGAUCACUUAAAGCAUCGAGAAGCAGAUGUUACGAGCAGCCACACCCACCACACCAUCACCACAUGACAGAAAACUAAAAAAAAAAAAAAAAGAAAGAAAAAAAGAAAGCCCCUCAUACCCACUGAGUCUCCACCUCCUGUCUCACCUCUUGUUGCAGUCUUUUUGCCCUGUAGUCGACCUGCCCCUGACCCAGCCCUUAUAUAUACACACACCUACCCCUGCCUAACUGAAUUACGGCAUGCGCUGGUGUAUAUUGUAAAAAAGAAGAAAAAAAUAAAACAUAUUUGAGGUUUCAAAUAUAAAAUGUUGUCAUAAAAGAAAAAGCUACUGAGAGGUUUUGAUGUUUGUCUGACUAAUUCAGUGAGUAUGUAUAAAUAUAUGAAAAAAUGCUUGGAUCGAUAUAAAGAAAAAAAAACACAAUGUGUCUUUGUUUUGAUGUGAUUUCUAAUCCUUUGAUGUACUUGUUUUAUUUUGUACUUUUUUGGGAAUAUAAACUAUGAAGAGAAAAAUAUCUGACAGUUGUCGAAAUAAACCUUUUUAACACUAAA